AUGACUGACAGAUCUAACGAAGCUCAGAUUGAUAGGCCUGAUAUCACGUCUGCACCCAUCAACACUACUAUUGAUGAUGUCGACGCUAGCAAGCAUCUCGCCGGACAUUCAAACUACCAUGGCAUUGAUACAAGUCAAGUCCAGCCUGGUGCUGAUGCAGUGUAUGAGGCCAAGAUUUCAAUGCUGAACGAGGCUUUGAUCGAUAUCGGCAUGGGCCCUUUUCAAUGGAAAAUUUUUAUGACUACAGGUUUUGGUUGGUUCAUUGAUCAGCUUUGGAUGCAAGCUGUGACCAAUAUACAGCCCCCCGUACGGCACGAAUUCGGUGUUGAUCGGAUCGCCUUUCUUUCAGUCGCCAAAUACGCUGGUUUACUGGUCGGGGCAUCUAUCUGGCCCAUGACAGCAGACUUCAUCGGCCGCCGACUCGCAUUCAACGUGACACUCCUCAUCACAGCAGUGGCUGGGCUGGUAGGUGCUGGAAUGCCUACGUUUCCAGCCGUGGCGACGCUCUGUGCCUUUGUGGGCUUUGGAAGUGGUGGCAACCAGCCUGUCGAUAGUGCCAUCUUUCUGGAGUAUAUCCCCGCGACGCAUCAGAAUAUUCUGGUUGUGCAGUCGGGUUUCUGGUCCCUGGGACAGGUUAUUGCUAAUAUGGUGGCUUGGCCUUUUAUUGCCAACUUCAGCUGCGACUCCGAAGCGUCUACUGAAGAAUGCGACUUCGAGUCCAACCUCGGCUGGCGCUAUGUUUUCUGGUCACUCGGCGUCUUCACCGUUAUCCUCUUCGUCAUUCGUUUCUGCUUCAAGAUAUACGAGACACCCAAGUACCUCCUUGGACGGGGCCGCGAUGAGAAAGUAGUUGAAGUCGUCCAUAAGAUUGCUGCGCGAGAUGGGAAGUCUACUUGGCUCAGUCUCGAACACUUCCAGGCCAUUGAUGCUCGCUUGGCUAGUGAGGAUAGACCGGGCGUCGACAAUAACAUGACUGUUGUGCGAAAGUCUCUUGAGAAGUUCACUCCGAGCAAGUUCAAGGCUCUCUUUUCUACGCCUCGUAUGGCUCUUUCGACGUCACUUAUUCUUUUUCUAUGGAUGGCCAUCGGUCUUGCAUUCCCCUUGUACAACGUCUUCCUGCCUAUGUAUCUCCAAACCCGUGGGGUACAAACUGGUUCACCUUCUCUCAACACAACAUAUCGCAACUUGACUAUCCAAGCACUCUGUGGUCUCCCAGCUUCCUUUCUCGGAGGUCUCACAGUGAACCUCCGCGGCAUCGGUCGUAAAGGCACUGGGUGCGCCGUAUGUCUCUGCACCAGCUUGUUCCUCUUCUUGUUCACGCAGGCCAAGACACAGGCAGCAGUCCUAGGCUUUUCAUGCGGGGUUGCUUUCUUUCAGAACUUAACUCUGGGCUUGUUGUAUGCUUACACGCCUGAGCUGUUUCCAGCGCCGAUUCGCGGUACAGGUAACGGCCUUGCGAUGCUGUUUAAUCGUUCGGCUGGACUUGGUGCGACGCUUAUUGGAGCUUAUGUUGGUUUGACUACGAGUGUGCCGAUUUGGAUCUCUGCGGCGUUGUUUGCUGUUGCGGGUUUGGUGUUUCUUGUCUUGCCUUACGAGAGUCGUGGCAGGGCUGCAUCGUAA